AUGUACAAUCAGCUGGCCGGCGUGCUGGCGGCGCCGGGCGGAGCGGUGGCGGCGGGGCCCACGCCGCUGGGCCGCGGCUUGGUUGCCACGCAGCAGGUGACGCAGGGCGCCACGCUGCUCUCCGUGGACUGGGCCAACAUGCUGUGCGUGACCGACCAGCCCAAGCUGGGCGACGCCUUUGGGCGGCGGGUGCUGGGCGACUGGCAGAUGCUGCACGGCCGCCUGCCGCCGCUGCUGGUCCGAUACCUGGUGGGGGACGAGGGCGACUGGUUUGUGCGGCUGGCGGCCUGGCUGCUGUGGCUGCGCCGCAACGCGCAGGGGCCCUGGCGCCUCUACAUCGACCUACUGCCCCGGGAGGAGGAGAUUACCACGCUGAUGAAUUACCGGCCUGAGGAAGUGGGCGAGCUGCAGAGCCCGCUGCUGGAGUCACGGGCCGCGCUGGAGCGCAGCCAGAUUGCGGGCCUGCACGACAGGCUGUUCUGCACCUCUGGCGGCGAGCUGCGGGCGCUGCAGCUGGCGGCGGGGCUGCAGGACACUGUGUGGGCCGCCUGCAUGGUCAACAGCCGGAGCUUCAGCGAGACGGUGGAGGGCGAGACGGUGUCCCUGAUGGUGCCCUGCGCCGACAUGGCCAACCACGCCCUCGCCCCCAACGCUUCCUACCAGUUUGUGGCGCCGGCAGACGCCUUCCAGCUGCAGGCGUUGCAGGACAUCGCACGGGGCGCCGAGGCGUGCAUCAGCUACGGGUGCACCCACAAGUCGAAUGAGGGGCUGAUGCGGGACUAUGGCUUUGUGGUGCCUGGCAACCUUAACGACCGAGUGCCCUUCUCGGCAGGCAAGCAGGGAGCGCGGCUGUUGGCUCUUGGAGGGUGCGAUGACGUGGCGAGCCAGCUGGCGGCCAGGGCUGCCGGCCUGGGCGCCAUGGCGCAGCCCAGCAUCAGCGCGCCGCGGCUGCUGGAGGCUCUGGGCCUGGGCGGCGAAGCUGGCGGCAGCUUCGACCUGACGGCAGCGGCGGCGGCUGCCAUGGGUGACAGCGAGGCAGACGCGGCCAGGCGGCGGCUGCUGGCGACGCUCAUGUCGCUGCAGCCGUUCCUGCGGGACAUCCCGCCAGCUGGCAGCACCGCCAGCGCCGCGGCAGCAGCAGCGGCAGCAGCAGGCGCAGCGCCGCCGCUGAGCGAGGCCGAGCUUCAGCGGGAGCGGCAGUCGUCGGCGGCGCUGGUAGGGCAGUGCCAGCAGCUGCUGGCUGGCAUGCCCACUACUGUAGAGACAGACGAGGCGCUGCUCGCGGCGGACGGCGGCGGCGGCGAGCGGCUAGGGGCGCGGCGCCGGCAGGCGGUGGCGACGCGGGUGGAAGCCAAGCGGCUGCUGCGGGCGGCUGAGGCCGCGCUGCAGGCGUAUGCGGCCGCGUUGCGGUGA